UUUCUUUCUCUCCAACAGACAAACAAUCUCCAAUUUCUUGUCAUCAUCAGUUCUGGCAAAAUGGGCUCCUAGAUUCCAUUCGUAUCAUCUGAUCUGGAGGAAGAUGGGAGGUGCGUUGGAAAUUCUGUUAUGUAGUUGUAUUAGGGCAUGAAAAUCUACAAGGGGGUUCCCUUAUUCUAAAUCUCCCAUCCUCAUCUCCCCUCCAUUUUUAUAGAAGCACACUCUAGAGUGGUCCAGUUUUGGUUGCUUUUAAUGGAGUAUUCAGACGCCAAUUUGGUAUGACUCUCAUCUCAUCUACUUGCUCCUCUCUCCCUCAAAUAAAGCUAGGAGUGAAAAUGGAUAGGGGCAGAUUGGAUUUAAGAUUUCAUCACGCCGGUUCCACCCUGUCUGAGGAAUCAGCUUUGGACUUGGAAAAGGCCUACUGUGACCACACAAAUCUGCCGUCACCUAGCUCACCAUCUCACCAGGCUUUCACAUCAGGUAAUCAGCAUUCAGAGAGCAAUGCGGCUUACUUCUCAUGGCCCACUUCCAGCAGGUUAACUGAUGCAGCCGAAGAUAGGGCAAAUUACUUUGGAAACCUUCAGAAAGGGGUUUUGCCUGAAACUCUAGGGCGACUGCCCACUGGGCAGCAAGCUACCACAUUGCUUGAACUGAUGACCAUUAGGGCAUUUCAUAGCAAGAUACUGCGGAGGUUCAGUCUUGGGACAGCAAUUGGAUUCCGGAUUCGUCGCGGGUUGUUAACCGAAAUACCAGCUAUUCUAGUUUUUGUUGCUCGUAAAGUUCAUAGACAAUGGCUGAGACAUAUACAGUGUCUACCAGCUUAUCUUGAGGGACCUGGAGGUGUAUGGUGUGAUGUCGAUGUUGUGGAGUUCUCUUACUUUGGUGCACCUGCACCAACUCCAAAAGAGCAAUUGUAUAACGAGCUUGUAGAUGGUUUGCGGGGAAGUGACCCAUACAUUGGUUCUGGUUCGCAGGUUGCAAGCCAAGAAACAUACGGAACCUUGGGGGCUAUUGUCAAGAGUCGAACAGGUAAUUGCCAGGUCGGUUUCCUCACAAAUCGCCAUGUGGCUGUUGAUUUGGAUUACCCAAACCAGAAAAUGUUUCAUCCGCUGCCCCCUAGCCUUGGACCUGGGGUGUAUCUGGGUGCUGUGGAAAGAGCAACAUCUUUCAUAACAGAUGAUCUUUGGUAUGGCAUCUUUGCAGGAACAAACCCAGAAACAUUCGUUCGAGCUGAUGGGGCCUUUGUUCCUUUUGCUGAUGAUUUAGACAUCUCCUAUGUAUCGACCUCCGUUAAAGGAAUAGGAGAGAUAGGUAAUGUCAAUAUCCUCGAUUUGCAGUCUCCAAUCAACAGUCUAAUUGGAAGACAAGUGAUAAAAGUAGGAAGAAGCUCUGGAUUAACUACUGGGACCAUAAUGGCUUACGCCCUAGAGUACAACGAUGAGAAAGGCAUUUGUUUCUUUACCGAUUUUCUUGUUGUCGGUGAGAAUCAGCAGACUUUUGACCUUGAAGGUGACAGUGGAAGCCUCAUUCUCCUAACAGGUCAUCAGAAUGGGGAGAAACCACGACCUGUUGGGAUUAUUUGGGGUGGGACCGCUAAUCGAGGCCGGCUGAAACUCAAAGUGGGGCAACCUCCGGAGAAUUGGACUAGUGGAGUUGAUCUAGGGCGCCUUCUUGACCUCCUUGAACUUGAUCUGAUUACAACUAAGGAAGAGCUUCAAGCUGCACUGCAAGAGCAAAGAAAUGCUUCUGUAGCAGGCAUGGAUUCUACAGUGGGAGAGUCUUCUCUACCUGAUCAAGUGCUGAAAGAUAAAAUCGAGGAGAAUAAUCACGAGCCUCUUGGGCUAAACAUCAUGAAAGUUCCCAUAGACACUGAGCCCCACAAUCGGUUGACCCCACUGUUCAUCCAUGAUGAGUUUCAAAUUGAAGGUGGUACUGAAGCAGUUCCAAAUGUGGAACACCAGUUUAUUCCAUGCUUUAUUGGGAGAUCUCCAGUACAUGAGAAAAAACAAGAAGGAAACGCAGAAUUGAAAAAUCUUGCAGUGUUCAGAAAUGGGUCUGAUGAAGUAGAGAUUUCCAUGUCCUUGCAAUUGGGUGAGCCAGAACCAAAGAGAAGAAAACAAUCGGAUUUUCCACUACGUAUUGAUAACUCAAAAUGAAGUGAAAGGUCCGUAAUUCUUUUGGAGUUUGAGUUCCCUGAGGUCCAAAAUUUUAAAUUGUAUCUGAAAUUUCAGAUUGCAGAAAGGAACCCAGGACAUGCCUCCAGCUAUAUAAAAUUAUUGGAUUUCUCCCUUAUAUUUUCAGUAUAUUAUGGUCAAGGCUACGGUUAUAGAUGAUAUAUGUGUGCUACAGUCUUUGAGGGACAAAUCGUUGUAGAGAAGUAACUGUAUAUUAUCAUUUUUGAUUUGUAUCAUUUCGUAAGAGUUUUGUUAACAUAAACGGUCCUCAAGUGUGGGUGGUACCGCAACUUUCGGAAUUUAGGGAACAAAAAUAUUAUUUUCGGCUGGCUACUAUUACUGGAAAUUGCUUGGUGAAAGUGUUGCCAAAGUAAUACUAUUACCCUCUUUGUUCAAAUGUUACUUGAGCAAAUUGUUGUUGAAUAAAAUGACUUUUGUAAUAA